ACAUGUAGCACAAAACUGGUCAAACACUCUCAAACAUACAUUGGUCUCAUGGCUCUCACUUGGAUAUCACGUGUGCAUGCUCAGAGUUUCAUUUUUUUCUGUGCACAAGCUGAUUUUGAGAUUUUAGUUAGCCGGUUCUGUAGUUAUUUAAUUAUUUAAUAUGCAUAGUUAUUUCAGUUAAGUGCUUAUUGUAAAUGUCAGUAGCAGUUAAUACUUAUGAGCCUCAGCUUUCCGUUAUUGUUAAUAAUAGCUGCAACUUGCACUCUUAAAUGUGCACUGAAAAUUGUCAGCUGAUAAAACCUGUGCUCCAGGGACAAUAUUCAAAUAACAUCUAAGGCUAAAUGUAGCUCUUAACUGCCUGAGUUGGUGAUUAACACUAAACAGUAGAAAAUCAGUCCAGUCUCCCCAGCUGUAAAUGUCAUUGGCUGUUAGUCUUGUGUUGUUUAUACAAAUCGACAUGUUCAUGACACAUAGGCAGUCUUUCAGAAUGCUCUCAAAUGGGUGUGUAUAAGGCUAAGGAUAAAAACAGCGUACCAUAUGCACGCCAAAACUCAUUUUGGCUUAUACAUUCCACGACAUUGCACACUCGUAUUGUAGAACUUUCCAGCAGGUGUCGCUAUUAUUUUACAUAUGCAUAUCAUUAUUGAUAGAUGUUAUUAUUAUGUUUUGGGGUAUUUGAAGAAAUAAGUAUGUAUAUUUACCAUCUCAUUCUAAAUUUGAGGACAUUUAUGUUAUAUUUCGUAUAUGUUAAUCUUACUAGGUUACAGGUAUGUUUUAUUAUCUUUCCUAGUCACCAGAUUAUGUAUAUGUAUAUGCGUAGUUAGUCAGUGCGCAGGCGCCGCCUAUGUUCAUUUUCAUUCUGUUGUUGGAUCAGGACUGGUACGCUUGCCGGUUUACGACCUAGCAGUCGAACUAACUGAUUAGUUAAGACAAGCUAAACGUCACACAUAACUAGCUUGUGGAUGAUUAUUGUGCAUUUGUACACAAUAAAGGCUCGAGUUGUAUCCGCCGUGCUUGUCCUGAAACCCUUCCAGUGGGGAGUUUAGUGAGCUAUACCAGACAGCUUAUUAAAAAACUGGACAGUCGUAAACCGCCGUCAGAGCCGUGCUAGAGAAUUCACGGACACCGAGCGGAGGAGAAGCCAUCGUUGAUGACCGACGUCGGGAUUGGAGACCCGUAUUCUGAGAAAGAAGCGGCCGUUAACAACACCACUUCAACGGAGAAGCCAAAGCUAAUAGCUAACGGGGCCAUUAAAGUGCUGAAUAACUUCUACAACCGUGAGUAAGACUGUGUGAAUGUUAAUAGCUGCGGGGCUAAUAACGCAGCUACCGGACGUAACGGCUGAAUCGAAUCCUUUGAACCGAAUCUUUCUGAACGAGUCUUUUGAGUCGAUUCUUCUGAACGAUUCUUUUUGCCAAAAAAGUGAUUUUAGUGAUUCUGAUCACUGAAAAGAGGAAAAAGAGACAGAAAUGGCAGAUGAAAAACCAGAUUUAGAGAGUUUAAAGCGGAAACGCUCAAAUGUUCAACGAGUCUUUACAACAAGAAUAAACCGCCUUGAAGUUAGUGCUGGCCGUUUACGUGAAGUUGAGUUGUCAGAAGAGUUAGCGAGAUUAAAGGAUGAUUAUGACAAACUCCUUGAUGUCAGUAAUGAGUAUGUUGACGCUUUGAGCCAGUUAGACCCUACAGGUGAUGACAGUGAGUCACGGGACGCUCUGACGAGGAGGGAUGCCAGUGAGCAAAAAUUCCUUGAAACUGAGAGCAAGAUCAUGGAAAUGCUGUGGUCUAAGUAUGCAGAGCCAGACAUAGACACUCUUGUAACACAGUUCAAGUCUGCUUUUGAUCGAGCUGAGGCACUCGGCACAAGUAAAGUGCCAUGGACGCAGCAAAGGGUCGAAAGUGGUAAAUUGGAUAGGAAACUCCAUGAACUCAAGGAGGCUGUUUACAAUUGGAGAGAUUAUCGGCCAUAUGGAAGAGACAAAUGGAUGCUCUUUUUAUCAUUGAGAGAGGAUAAAGAGCAACUGAUGGAUGAGUGGACAUACAGACAAGAGAAUGAGGUUAUGAAUAGGAACAGUACAGAACUAAAAGGCGAUGAGGAGGCAGAGGAUGAAGAUGAGAGAGGCGAUGACGCGGUCGGGGGGCAUGUCAUAACAGAUACCGACAGCCUUACAGCUGCAAAUAGCAUCACCUUUACCCAACCAGUAACCCUUGCUAUUACUACUCCACCUGUUAACAGUCAGCCUGCUGUUGUCAAUCCGCCCUUUGAGGGGCAGGGAACUGUAUAUGUUACAAGCUGUCCUUCAUUCAAGUACACAGACAGAGCAAGCAUCUCUACCUCUGCUGCUCAAGGUUCUUCAGUCACUAGUCAACCUCAGAGCAGGUAUGUUGCAGCUACCACACACAAUACCCCCCAACAAACAUUACAGCCCAUUCUACAGUCAAGAAGGUCUGAUAGUGGACUUGGUGUCAGUUUUGCCUUACCUCCAACUCUUGCCAGCACGCCACAACUAUUAAGCAAUCGUGCUGCUCCGCCUGUCGAUAUCAGCAUGGGACAAAGUAGUAGCAUGCCAUAUAGUAGCCCUGGUUCGUACGCCGGUGGGGAUAACAGCUAUCAGUGGGCCCGACCAAAAAUAAGGCUCACACCCAUAAGCUUACCUAAAUUCUCCGGGGACAGGAGGGAUUAUUGGCAUUGGAAGGCUGAAUGGGAGAGUAUCCAGGCGCAAGCGGAGCCUACGGGGUCAAGGGAAUGCAAGAAACUUCACUUACUAGACAGUAUAAGUGAGUCUGUGAAAAGUGAACUUAGGCUGUUGCGCUGCAAAGAUGCAAACGAUAUCUUCAGGGAAUUGGAGAACCGUUAUGGUGACAAAGCACAAACGGCCGAAGAGAUCGUGUUGGAGCUUCAAUCACGACCUGCUGUAAAAAACCAUCAGCCACGAGAGACAUUAGAGUUGAUUCUAGCAGUGGAGAGGGCAGUAUUGGACCUCACAGACCUGGGGUGUGAAGACGCUGUACGGAAUCAGCUGGUGAUUCGGUCUUUGGAGAGUAAACUCCCUGAAGUUAUGAAGAGAGAAUGGCUCAUGUGUGUGAGAAACCCUGUGAAUGACGUCCAUCCUGGAAACCGUUUCGACAGGCUCUUGACGUUCCUGGAAGACCAAAAGUCGUUGCUUGUGAGGUUGGAGCAGUUGCUACCCAGCAAACCAUGGCCUGCUAAUGCUCCUGGGAGAUCAAGCCACUGGGAGAAACCAGGUGGAAGAUGGAGAGAGAAGAAGUCGUUCACUAAGACUUCAGCAAGUGAAGUCAAAAGGGACUCCAAGCAGUUACCAUGUGCCGUGUGUGGUGAUGGAGAUCACGGUGGUAAACUGUUUCGUUGUAAAACUUUCAGAAAAGCCAAUCUGUCAGAGAAGAAAGCUCAACUGAAAAAGGUGAAAGCAUGUACAAAGUGCUUGGAUGUUCACGGAGUCGAGAGUGACUGCACUCCAAAGUUUCUCUGUCGUAAAGAAGAGUGUAAGAAAGGCGACACUCCAGCGGACCACCACUAUUUCCUUUGCCCUAAAGCUUCAACAAAGAAGGAUGCUGCUAAGAGGGAAAAUAAAGCAGAGGAAAAGCAGGGAACUCGAGGUCCGACAGAGGAGCAAGAAGCUGUGUUCGCCAAGUUAGGACUGACUCCCCACCAGUUGGAGGCUGUCCGCAGAGCCUGCACUAACAAGGCAACGUCGACAGUGUGUUCUGGCAAGAGUCUGAUAGAACAGAGUGGCUUGAAAGAACAUCCAGUCCUCAUGAUGCUGGUACCGGUCACGACAAAGAGAGGAGACAGCCUUGGAGCUUUGGUUGAUCUCGCAUCUGACACAAAUUACAUUACACACCAAGCUGCGGAAAGGCUCGGACUGACUGGUGAACCGAUCUCCCUUGUCGUGUAUGGUGUUGGUACGAUGAAGGUGAAAGUUGAUACGAAAAGGUAUCUUGUGAAAAUAAAAGUGUGGACCUCCCGAGGAACCUUGAAACUCCACGAGAUGAUUUGCUAUGGGAUGGAAGACAUCGCCAAAGUGGAUCGAGUGGUGAAAUCGGAGCGGCUAGAGCAGUUUUUCCCUGAAGUGGAGCCGGGAGAACUGGCCCGCCCGAAGAAGAUCGAUCUAUUAAUCAGCACUCGUGAAGGCCGAUUAGCUCCGCAAAGACUGCAAAGAGUCGGCGAUCUGGUGUUGUGGGAUGGUCCUCUGGGCAAGAUCGUGAGUGGUGUGCAUCCAGACCUCUUCGAAGAAGUGGAGGUGGCUGCAUGGCGGUCGAAGACGCACUUUGCUCAUUCAAUGAGAAUGUUAGCUGUCAAAGUUGAAGAACACUUCGUGGGAAGGCCAGGAGGCCAUUUUGAGCAAGAAAACAGAGUAGAAGUUCGAACGACAGCAGCAUGCAAUAAAGAGGUUCUUGAGUGGCUAAAGUGGGAUAGCAUUGGUGCUGCCUGUGACCCUAUCUGUGGAGGAUGUCGCUGUGGAAAGUGCUCGCCGGGAGGAAAGGAGAUGUCCCUGGCUGAUGAAAAAGAGCUGGAGAUAAUAAAGGCAGGUCUAACCUUCAGAGAGAGAGACACUCACAGUGACCAGCCCCACUGGGAUGCUAAGUACCCCUGGAAGGAAAACCCAGUCUCUCUUCCUAACAACCGAAAGGCUGUGGAAGCAACGUUUCUGAGGACUGAGAAGCGGCUCACGAGAGACCCUCUGUGGAAAGAGGCUUACAUGAGGCAAGUCCAUGAGAUGGUAGAGAGGGGAGCUGCUGUUAAGCUCACAAAGGAUGUUAUGGACAGCUGGAAAGGUGCUGUGUGGUGGGUGAGUCACCUAACCGCCCCAAAUCCCCAUUCAGUGACUACGCCAGUACGACUCGUCUGGAACAGCAGCCAGGAGUUCGGAGGGGUUAGCAUGAACAGCAUUCUGCUCAAAGGCCCAGACGUCUUAAAUCCCAUCAGAGCGGUGCUCCUCAGAUUCCGGGAAGGAGAACAUGCGGCCAUCGGAGACAUCACCAAGAUGUAUAAUUCGAUCUGGCUGGAGGAACAAGAAGUCCAUGUGCAUCGAUUUCUAUGGAGAGACUCACCGGAGGAUGAGAUUGAGGAUUAUGCUGUCGUGCGGGUGAACAUGGGGGAUAAACCUGCGGGGUGUAUUGCGCAGGUUGCCAUGCGAGAGACCGCGAAGUUACCCCAGUUCUCUGAUAUGAAGGAGGAAAGAAGGGUCAUCGAGGAAGACUCCUAUGUCGAUGAUCUCCUCACGUCCCACAAUGACCCAAACCGUCUAGACAAGAUUCAAGAGGGAGUGGAGAAGAUACUGAUAGCAGGAGGCUUCUACCUCAAGCCGUGGAUCCGGUCUGGUCAAAGUGGGAGGAGAGUCGGGACAGAGUCCAUGCCAGUGACUCUGACGUUGCCCAACCAGUUAAGGGAGGAAGAUAACAAAGCCCUGGGGGUUGGUUACCUCGUGCAAGAGGACAAACUCUUUGUGAUGGUCUCUAUCAACUUCUCCAGUAGGAAGAAGAAGAUGAGAACUGAGAUUGACCUCACUGAAGAAGAAGUGGAAGUAAAAACACCAAACCCACUUACUCGUCGUGUUUUACUAAGCCAAAUAGCUGGUCUGUAUGACCCGAUCGGUUUGGUAACUCCUGUGAAACAGAAAGGAGUAAUCCUUGUGAGAAGAGCCUUCCAGGAAGCUGGCAAGCUUACUAAAGAUACCUGGGAUGAACCUCUCUCUGACGACCUCAGAAGAAAGGCAAUUGAGCUGUUCAAGGAGUACGCUCGUCUGAGUAGCAUCAAGUUCUACAGAAGCCUCACACCUUCUGGCUGGAAGGGUAGACCCUGGGGAAUCACGUUUUCUGACGGGAGCUGUGAGUCCUAUGGUGCAGUACUGUACUUGCGAUGGGAGACGUCAGAUGGUGUGGUCACUCGGCUGGUAGAGUCAAAGGCCAAGUUAACUCCUCUCAACCAGAAAGGUGAUGCCGUCAAGGCUGAGGUGUGUGGAGCUGUCUUUGCCACACGUCUGAAAGGAUACGUGUUGAAGCAUGGACGAUUGGACGUGGAGAAGUGGUAUCAUUUCAUUGACAGUCAGACGGUGCUUGGGGCCAUCCAGAGAGAGAGCUACGGGUUCCAGACAUUUUUUGCGAACCGAAUCGGGGAGAUUCAGAAGGCUGGAGCUGUAACUGACUGGUGGUGGAUACCAGGCGAGGUCAACAUCGCUGAUCUAGUCACGAGAGGGUGCUCUCCUGAACUGCUGGGUGAGAAUUCUGUGUGGCAGAAGGGUCCCGAGUUUCUGUCUAGUCCAGUAGAAGAUUGGCCCAUAAAGUCCGCCUCAGAAGUGGCAGCUGAUGCUAGAGAGGUAGUGAGUGGGCUCCAGAAGAAGGCCUUCUCAGUGGUCCUUACCAGAAUUCAAGCAAAGAAAUUGUUAAAUCCUGGCAGUCCUGGUGGUGAAGAUCCAAUAGUCACAGAUGGAGUAAGCGGGGCUCCAGUGUCCUCCGAAAAUGGGAUGGAAUUGACCUUAACUGAGACUAAGGAGAAGGAGACUCUGUGGGGAGCCGCGCUCAUAGACCAAGUGGAUCCAACAAGGUGCAGUUCUCUUACUAGACUUUGUGGAGUAGUUGGUUAUGUCCGCAGAGCUGUAAAGAAGUGGUUGGCCCAUGUAGGCAGGGCCUCCAAGCCAGCAAAGUGGGAGGCAGUAUUGACAGUAAAGGAACGCAAAGCUGCAUUCGAAGACCUGUGCUUAGCCGCCCAGAAUGGAGUUACGUUUCCUGUGACGACGCUAGACAGACUCGUUGUCAGUAGGGAUGAGGCUUCAGGGCUACUGAGAUGUCAUGGUAGAGUCCAGGCUUUGACCCAAGGAGAGAUUGGUGUACCCUUGGUUCCCUACAAGGCGUGGAUCAGCACUCUUCUCGUGAGAGAGGCCCAUGAAACUAAUCACGAAGGGGUUGCUGGCACACUCCUCCGUGUGAGGUCUAAAGCAUGGGUGGUGAUGGGUUCAAGGAUUGCCAGAAAUGUUGUUGAUUCUUGUAUGCAUUGUCGGAAGAUCAAAGCAAGAAUGUGCAAACAGGUGAUGAGUGAACUUCCCCUUGAACGAACUAAACCAGCCGCACCAUUUGAGUUUACGACGUUAGACCUUUUCGGUCCUUAUGUUGUUAAAGAUACUGUAAGACGAAGAGCGGAGAUGAAAGUCUGGGGCGUGGUAUUCAGCUGUAUGGCUUCGAGAGCAGUACAUGCUGACAUUGUGGAAGAUCUGUCGACGGAAGGAUUCCUGAAAGCAUACCAGCGCUUCACAGCUCUUAGGGGUCACCCAAGAAAGCUCUGGUCGGACCAAGGGACCAACUUUGUGGGUGCCAGACCUGUGUUACAGGAGCUUUAUGAGUUCCUAAGUAACAUCGACAAGGAUCAGAUCCAGAAGAAGGCAGUAGUUGGAGGAACCGACUGGACGUGGGUGUUUCACCCGGCUGACUCUCCUCAUCGAAAUGGAGCAGCCGAGGCAGCAGUUGGUGUACUUAAGAGAGCUUUAAGUAGUGUUGGCAAGGAAUGUAAUCUGACAGCACUGGAAUUCCAGACCCUUCUGUACCUGGCUGCUAAUCUGUCAAAUGAGAGACCUAUCGGUGCCAGAGCUCAGGUACAAGAUGAGACCGUGGAAGUAAUCACUCCCAACUCGCUUCUGCUCGGUCGCGCAGGACCCAAUGGGGACUCCCGAGGUUUUGAGUAUCCAACUUACCCUGUCGUGCGUCUAAGAACAAUCCAGAUUGAGGUUGAUAAAUUCUGGAAGCGAUGGAGCCAGCUGGCAGGUCCAAACCUCUAUAUCCGCCAGAAGUGGCACGCGCCUGCUAGAAAUGUUGCAGUGGGUGAUCUGGUAUGGUUAGCUGAUCAGAACGCACUGAGGGGUCAGUUCAGGCUGGGUCGAGUUGUGGAGGUGUGUCCUGAUGCGAGGGGUGUAGUACGAGAUGUGAGAGUGGCAACAUGUCGAAGUUGUCCAGUUUCCGGCGGACAGUUCAAGAGAAACCGAGGUGAGGAGAACUAUCCCUCCACCAUCCUCCACAGGGAUGUUAGGAGGUUGGUGGUUCUGCUUCCAGUGGAGGAGCAGUAAAGGAUCCCCACCAUGGUGUGUUUCGGUGAAGGAUCCCCACCAUGGUGUGUUUCGGUGAAGGAUCGAAACUUUCCCCGCUACCAUCUUCCCCGAGGCUGGUAGUGUGUUUCGGUAAAGGAGGUCGUAAUAUUAUCAAGGACAAUGUGUGUUGUUUUGGACAUUAAAACUACCAUGAAGAUAGUUAUUCAUGUUGUAACAUGAUACGUUCAUAUUCAAGUAUGCAAUGUUAUUUGCAUGGAUAGAGAUAAUUUCAUAUCUAGAAGUGAAUUGUUUGGUUGUGGUGGCCUACUUGGAUUCUAGAAUCAGUAGACCAAGUGGGAGGUGUAGAACUUUCCAGCAGGUGUCGCUAUUAUUUUACAUAUGCAUAUCAUUAUUGAUAGAUGUUAUUAUUAUGUUUUGGGGUAUUUGAAGAAAUAAGUAUGUAUAUUUACCAUCUCAUUCUAAAUUUGAGGACAUUUAUGUUAUAUUUCGUAUAUGUUAAUCUUACUAGGUUACAGGUAUGUUUUAUUAUCUUUCCUAGUCACCAGAUUAUGUAUAUGUAUAUGCGUAGUUAGUCAGUGCGCAGGCGCCGCCUAUGUUCAUUUUCAUUCUGUUGUUGGA